CUUAUCCUCGCCGUGCCACGUGAAGCAUGUCUGCUACGAGCUCCCUCCUCUCUCUCUCUCUCUCUCUCUUCCAUUAUUCCCGUUGCACCGGCCACCUCUCGUCUGCUCAUGGCGCCGCCACACCCAACCUCCGCUCCAACGCUGCGCCUGUGACCGAGGCGACGGCUGGAGCGCUUGUCCUCUUCCACUACGGCGGCCAAAGUGCCAAACCACCCGGAUCCGGCGUCAUCUUCCACUCCGGCGGCCAGAUCAGUUCGAGUUUGGGCAACACGAGAUCUUCCGAGGAUGCGGUCCUCGUCCACGGAUCUGGCCGUGAGAAAUCAUUUUCUUCAUUGUUUCCGUCGAUGCUGUUAUUGAUAGCUAGCUUGGUUAUGUACAAGUUGUGCUGCUGCAGCUCAUGCCCCUGGCAACCAAGGAUCUUGCUGCGUGAAGAGCUUUUCCCUGUUCGUGUUGUUGCAGCACUUGUGUACAAGUGCUACUUCAUGUAGCCUCAAAUCGUGUAACUCUAUUUUUAUCAGGAUGUGAUGCCGAUGUGAACCAUGUACACCUAUCUAUCUUCUGAUUGCAUUAGAGGAGAUAAGUUGACUGUCUAAUGUAAGGUGUGCCACAUGUUUGGUCCUAACGAGUCUUAAAAGAAAUGUUUACAUUGUAAACAGUUUCAUUAUGCUCAAAAUUGGCUAGUGAGAGCAUUUUAUUCA